AUGGCGGGUGAUAUAACUGAAACAGGGGAGCUCUACUCUCCAUUAGUUGGGCUUGUGUACAUGUUCAAUUUAAUUGUGGGCACAGGUGCACUUACUAUGCCAAAGGCCUUUGCCAACGCGGGCUGGUUGGUGAGCCUCAUCCUUAUCAUUUUCUUGGCAUUUAUGAGUUAUAUGACCACAACAUUUUGUUAUAGAAGCCAUGGCUGCAGCUAAUGCUCGACUGCGUUGGAAGAGAUGGGAGAAGGAGGAGGAAAUGGAUUCAUCUGAAAAUUCUGAUAAUGAAUCUCUGCCUCCAGAUGGGUAUGACAGCUCAGAAGUCCGACCCAUCCUUCUGUGCAGCGCCGUGGUUUAUCCGACCCUUUUGCAAUUGUGGAGCGAGUGGAAAUGGGGCAGAUGGCGUCAAUGUUUUUUAAUAAAGUUGGCGUAAACCUCUUUUAUUUGUGCAUUAUUGUAUAUCUUUAUGGAGACCUGGCGAUAUAUGCAACAGCUGUACCUCUGUCACUCGUGCAGGUCACAUGCUUCUCUGGGAAUGAGACUUGUGGGUCUGGGACAACAGAGAUGAAUGAUACGCAAGCAUGUUGGGGAAAGAUUAAUCGAAUUAAUGCUUAUAGGAUAUAUUUGGCUGUAUUCACUCUGCUUCUUGGGCCAUUUACAUUUUUUAAUGUGCAGAAAACAAAGUACCUGCAGAUCUUAACUUCGCUAAUGAGAUGGCUUGCUUUCAUCAUCAUGAUUGUAAUAGCUUUGAUCCGUAUUGGCAAAGGUGAAGGUGAAGGUCAUCCUCCUGUUGCAAAGCUGUCUGGGAUCCAGAACCUGUUUGGAGUCUGCGUCUAUUCAUUCAUGUGCCAACAUUCUCUCCCUUCGUUGAUCACACCAGUGUCUAGUAAGAAGCACAUAACUGGACUCGUCUUGUUGGACUACGUAUUGGUUCUUUCAUUCUAUAGCCUGCUUGGCUUUACAGCUAUAUAUUGCUUCUCCUCUGGAGCGCUCAUGGAUAUGUACACUCUUAACUUCAGUGGGUGCAGGCCUUUUGUGCCUCCAGUGAUUGGCUACUUUCUAGGACUGUUCCCAGUGUUCACCAUCAGCACCAAUUUUCCCAUCAUUGCAGUCACAUUGCGUAAUAACUGGAAGACUCUCUUUUCACCGUGAAGGAGGGACCUACCCAUGGCUUGUAGAUCGUAUUGUCUUCCCAUUAAUAACACUAGUCCCUCCUAUCAUUGUGGCAUUCUGUACCAACCACCUUGAACUACUAGUGAGCAUUACAGGUGCUUAUGCUGGAAAUGGCAUCCAGUAUGUUAUCCCAGCUUUUCUUGUGGCCUACAGCCGUAAAGACUCUGCCCUAGUAUAUGGACCUGGACUCGCUAAUAAGCAUAGAUCACCUUUUAAACAAGUGGGAUGGGUGUGGUUUGUUCUCCUUUGGGCACUAACCUGUUUUAUUUAUGUAACAGCCAACAUAAUUCUGACUGAUGUUAGCCACUAA